UAUGAAAACCUUUUAACAUUAACAAGUAACAAGAAAGAAGAAAGGAUCGCGAGUAGCGGAAGAAGGAAGGGAAUGAGUUCGAACAGGGCGGAGGUACGUGGUUCACAGAGAUUACAAGCUUUGCUUCAUCAUCUUCGCUCUUCCCAUUCGAUGCCCAUCAAUUCCGAUUCAAAACUCUCCGUUUCAAAGAGAGCUGCAGUUCUGAUCUGUGUCUUUGAAGGCGCCGAUGGGAAUCUGCGAGUAUUCCUCACGCAGCGAGCUUCCUCUCUCUCAACCCACGCCGGUGAGGUUGCUUUGCCAGGUGGCAAGACAGAGGAAGACGACGCUGACGAUGUACACACAGCCUUGAGAGAGGCCAAGGAGGAAAUUGGCUUGGACCCUUCUCUUGUUUCUGUUAUCACAAUUCUCGAACCCUUCCACACUAAGUAUGGCAUUACAAUAAUACCUGUGGUUGGAAUACUGUCUGACAAGGAUGCAUUUUCACCAAUUUUGAAUCCAGCUGAAGUUGAAGCAAUAUUCGAUGUUCCAUUGGAGAUGUUCCUCAAGAAUAAUAACAGGAGAGCUGAAGAAAGAGAAUGGAUGGGGGAGAAGCAUCUUGUACAUUAUUUUGAUUAUGAGGUUGGGAAUAAGAAGUAUGUGAUAUGGGCUAUAACUGCUGCAAUCUUAAUUAGGGCGGCAACUCUUUUACUUCAGCAACCACCUGCUUUUCUAGAGCAGAGGCCUGAAAUAUGGGGAGGAAUUACUGAAAGUGACAUGAUAAUACUAGGGAGUAGUACUUCCAAAUAAUGAUUUUAUCUUUCAAGUUUUGUAUAAUAAUUUAACACAUGAAGCUGUUCUGCAUUCUUUGGCAAUUAAAAGAAUUAGAGAAAUAAAUUGAAUUCAGGAAGGAACUGAGGGAGAGUGAGUGGAUUUAUGAAGCCCUUCUUGAUACAGAAAUCAUGAUGGCCACAAGAAGGAUAUUAAUAAAAAUGGAGUUUCACUAACAAUUUAGUACAUUUUAUCAUGCUGAUUAAGUUACUCUUGGAGUGUAUUUUGCUA